CUGCGGGCUGAGGGGACGCGCGCGCGCUGCCCCCGCACCGCUGUCGCGGCCCCUCGGCACCCACGGCCCCGCGCCCCGCCGCUCUGCCCGGGGCACCCUGCAGCUCCCGCUGCCCCGGGGCUCUCCGGGCCGGCCCUCGGUGCCCGGGGUCGGGUUGGCCGUCCCCGCUGCAGGCAGCACACGGAGCCCGAGGCCUGGCGGGCGCCGGGCCCCUCCGUCCCCUGUCCCUGCAGAAACACGUACACCGUGCGGAUGACGUUAGCCCCGGAGUCCCGGGCAGCUGGGCAGCGCCGGCGGCAUCGCCAGCUGCCGCAGCGCCGUGCUGCAGCGGGCUCAGGAUGGACUUUCUGACACUCUUCCUGAUUUACUUGUGUUGUGUUCUCGUAACUGCCGCUCUGCUCUGCGUCUGCUCGGGAAGAAAAGAGAGUUUUCUCGCAAGAAGUGUCAGCGGUGCGAGCCAGGUCUUGUCAUUUGUAAUCCCCACACAGCUCCAGCGAGUGACACACAGGGCACUUCACAGGCUCUUCCACACAAGAAGCUGUCUGUUUGUUGCUCUGCACAUAGCCCUGCAAGCUGCAGUGUAUGGGGAAUACACAUGGGAAGUGUUUGUUUACUGCUGGGAGAUGCAGUUCCACCUCCUCCUCCUGCUGCUGCCCUACCUGCUGUUGGCUGGGAACGUAGGCUGCUUCAUUCUCUGCUCCCGGGCUGACCCUGGUGUAAUAACAAAAUCAAAUCAUUCAUCACUGGUUAAGAUUUAUGCAUAUGAUGGUGUAUUAUUUCAGAAAGGCACCGUGUGUCCUGUGUGCGACAUGGAGAAGCCAGCCAGAUCUAAACAUUGCAGUUUCUGCGGGCUGUGUGUACAUCGCUUUGAUCACCACUGCGUGUGGGUCAACAACUGCAUCGGUGCCUCCAAUGCCAAGUAUUUCUUCCUUUACCUCUUCUCCCUGACUGCCAUGGCUGCAGCCAUUGCGACCAUCACAGCGGCGCUUCUCAUCCAAGUGGUGCUGCUGUCCAACAUGAUGCAGGGGAGUUACAUCGAUGAGCAAGGACAAGAGCAUGCCAUUGACAUUCUCUUCGUCAUCCAGCACCUUUUCUUGACUUUUCCUAGGAUUGUCUUCAUGCUUGGUUUUGUUAUUCUUCUCACACUCGUACUGGGUUCAUACUGCUGCUUCAAUCUCUAUUUGGCCUUCACCAACCAAACUGCCAAUGAAUGGUAUAAAUCCAGAAGAUACGGGUAUUCCCACCACCUAACACUGCAGCCCCGUGACAGACUUGUCUACAAACACAUUUAUUCCAAAGGAAUCUGGAAGAAUUUAAAGGAAAUCUUUAAGCCUCCUACAGCGUUGGAAAGAAAGAAGAAAAUGUGAAGAUGUUCUUUUUGUAAGACCCAAUUUCAGCGGUGCACUUUGAUGCCCCAAACAGCUUUUGUAUAAAAGAUGACUGUAUUUCAAUUAAGCAAUUGGAAAACAUGUUUUCAUAAAGCUCACCAGUCUUCAAAAAACUGGAGUUCUCCCCAGUGUGUCUGUAACACUGCUCACUACCAGCUGUGACAGCGGCCUGUUGGUCUUUUCAGACAGUCAUGGUACAGAAGCAAGCUGGACAAGGUGGGUUCAGCUAAGGAGCACAUACCCAAGGACCUGGGAUUUUUCCAGUUACUGUUCUGUAUGCUGCAGAAUAUAUACCACUGUGUAAUGGGCAAACUGAGCUCCUGAGUUAUUCUGGUGCAUCUUCCGUGGGACUUCCUGCAGGAGCUUUUACAGGAACGUGCCACACUUCUGGAAAGGACACUUAUUUGUCAAUUAGUCACAUUUUUCCCCCUGCAGGAAUAAGAGUAACUGACAGCUCGCUCCAGCAUGUUCUCAUUAACACCGCCUCAGCAGAGCACUACUGAAGGUACUUCAUAUGGUGAGAUGUCUGAGGUGAAGCUUAGUCCUCUUGGUUCCUGUUCAGAGGGAGCAGGAGGGAUUUUGCUGGCACAAUGAGGCAAGUUUGGUCCCUCUCUUCCUCAAGUUAAUCUUUUCCUCUACGUAUGCACUUUCAAGGGAAGAACCAACAAAGAGGUGCAACGAACUUCUGGCAAGCUUCAUCUUUUUCGGAGUACCUUUGUUUGACAAAUAAUGAGCCCUUGAACAGUAUCCAGAGUGGGUUGCAUAUAUUUAGAUAGUAAACCCCAUGAUUGCUGGCAGAAUCUUAACCUGCAGAAGCCACCUUCUACUGCAUAUGUGUGCUAGUAUGAAGCAUCUUAAUUUCAGAAAGGAAAGUACAGCAAGUGCUACUUCUUCUAACCUGCCAAGUCUGCUUCUUGGUAUCAGUUUUCAGCUCCUUCAAAAUAAGAUAUCAUUUCAGCCUUGGAGUCAUGAAAAUGGUGCACUUCUGGACAGAACUUCAACAUCCUGACAAGGGUAUCAGAAAUUUGAUGCUGAGCUCUGGCUAUACAGGCCCUGGCAGAUCACAGACUUAAUCCUUCUGACAUUCCUCACCUUGCUCCCAGUGUGUGAUGUAUCCGUUCAUAGCAAGAGGCUCAACCAUCUCUUAGGCAUUUCUUUGUAUUGGAGCAUUUUGCAGCAGAGGAGUUCAUGAGGCUGUUUUAGGGCUGCCCACCCGCUGAACAGGCCUCUUUGAAAGCCAAGCAGUGAUGUGGUCUUCCACUUCUGUACCGGGGUUCUCUAGGUGAAUGCUGAAAGGCCCUUCGUCGGCGUCCCUCAGGAAAACCUUCUGCCUUAACAGCACAAGACCAAAGUGAACUUAAAGCUCGGCAAGUGGCCUUAUGAAAUCCCUCUAACAAGGGAUAACUCAAAAGAUCUCCAAAGUGUAGACGAACUGGCUGCUACUAGAGCCUUGUGCUUGUUUGGAGAAAAACAGUGUGUUUGACUCACCCAACAAUGAGGGUUCCCUAAGCACAAUGCUAAGUGCCCCUGUUCUCAUCCCAGAAAUUCUUCUUGAGUGAUAAUACAGCAGGAAUUAGAAAAAUAGAGUAAGAAAUUUAAAUAAUUUUAUUUUUAAAAAUGUAUUUAUUUACAUGCUGAAUCUGUACAAUAUGCAAUUAAAAAUCCAUAUAUGGUUUUAAAAAAAAAGGAAAAAAAUCAUAUACAAUAUGGCUUUACACACCAACAGACUGGCUCUCAGAGCAGCCUGUCUGGCAUUGCAAGGGUGCAAGGAUGCAUCCUUUCAUCAACCAGUACAAUAAGGCUACUUGUCCAGGAUAUAAAGUAAAAGAAAGAGAAGAAUACUGCAGUGCCAUGCCUUAAGGAGGACUAAAGUAGUGAGGCCAAAGGCAUGGAAGUUUUUGAGUGGUGGUGAAUGCACACCUGCACUCCUUAGGUUUGGUUUUCUUGUUUUAAUGUAAGCAUGUGAUUAAGUAGUCUCUCAUGAGACCCUACUUACUUGCUUCACUUUGGGAGUCCUUUUAAAUACCAGAACAUUCCUGCCCUGUGGUCAGAGAUAAAACUAAGAUCCUUUGCAAAGCACUUAUUUGAAGCAUCUGUACAAAAUACUGAAGCUGUCGAAUACAGCCUAUCCAUCACUUCCACAGUAUAACCAUGCAGAGGGUUUUACUGUGAUUUCCAUCUUAAACAAAAAUAGUCUCAGGGCUGUACCAUCCUGUUAAGCCACUUACCUCUGGAAGCAUUCUGUCCCUUGCUCUCUGAACAAUUACAAUGGCAAACUUAGGACUGAUCCCCUUCCCCAAAAGAGCAAGUUUUAGAUUAACCCCUGUCACUCUUCUCGCUGUCCAUUAGAUGAUCACAGUCUGGACUUCCACCUCCCCCUCCUGGGAGGCAAUCACAAACUCUCCUGCGUGUUCCAUGAUCUCGAUGUCCUCAGAUGCCACCAUGGUGACGGUCCCCUCCUCUGUCUGGAUGCUGCCCUCGGCAGUCAGCACUGCUCCCUCCCCGAUGGCAGAGGCCAGCGUCAUGGCCACCUGCUCCGUCAGGCUCUCGGGGGUCGCGAUGGUGAUGGUGUCUGCGGCAUCCGCGCUCACUUCCGAGUUUUCUGCCACUGUGACGUUCUGUACAAUGAUCUGGUGGCCAGAGUUUGUCUGAUUAACUAUUUGUUGCACAACCUUCAUGAUGUGGCUGUCGACCUAUGUGAAGAGAAAACAGGCCAUGUUAUCACUUGGUGUGUUGUACUCAGAAGGACAGACCAUUAUGGUCACCAUAAAGCGCUCAAUGCCCAGCAGCGCAGUACAAGCAGCAUUCAAUUCCAGUUUCCUCCGGCUGUCCAUAGCAAUUCCCAUCAUCCUGAGAACAGCAGACCCCUAGAACGUGUCCCACCUCACAUCACCAAAGAUGUUUUGCCAGCAGGGUAUUUCCCACACAACGUCAAACUACUGUCUAUAGAAAAGUUUUGGCGACACACUCCCAGACAUUUGAGCUGACCGAAUGCAUUCAAGAACCUGGCCAGCCUCUUGACUUUGCAGCAACCAAGAUUUCUGGCAUUCAGGAAUGCCCUAAUAGGACGGUUUCCCCAGGGCUGAAGUAUGACUGUACAGUUCCACUCAGCAGCAGCUGUGCUCUACUCUAUGAAGCUGCCAUCACCAAAAGGAUCCAGGGCAAACCCAGUGUUCUUACACAGACAGAUCUCCAAAACUGCAGAGGUAGGUAAAUCAAUGAAUUGAAGUUGGGUUUAUUUAGCAUGCCCUUCAGACACUAAAAGUGAUUUGUUCCAUCUGCAGCAAGUCCCAAAAGUAAUAGUUUAUGUGACUGCUUUACCUCAUGUCUCGUUCCCUCUAUUAUUUCGGUAGCUUCACUGGUCUCCAUGUCUUCAGUAGCAGUCUUGAAAGACAAAAGAAUUCCCUUGUUAGAUUAUUACAAAAAAAAAUAUUCUAUUACCAAGAUGUAAGACACUUAAGAUCUUCUACUGAAGUCUUUCUGUUCCUCCCAUGAUGCAGUAGCUACUCUAAAGACAACUCCUUGAAAUUCCUUCCCAAUCCCAUUAUUGAGAGCUGCUUAAGAGCAAUGCAAAGUGCUCACAAAUAACUGACAGAAAACAUCCUCUCCCAGCAGGACUUGGCCAAGUGGCAGGUUUUUCUCCUGUUGGUGAAAAACUGUGGCAGCACUAAACAGACUUAAUAAAGGGAACUGUGUUAUGCUGCACAGUUGAGUACUGGCUCUCUGUCAUGAACGGGGAGGAAGCAAAACACAUGGUUCAUUGUUUUUGGCAGCCAGAGUUAAAAACAAGAUACUAGUUCAGGCAAAAUAAGCUAAAUAGAAAUGGAAAAAAAGUAAAAGUUGAGGGAAAGCUGAAGCAAGUUUGUAAGGACACAAAAUCUGGUAUAGUCACAAGUUCUGAGUCUCAGCCUGUCCCUGCUGACAUGGUUUAUGCCCAGCCAGAAACUCCAGCCCACACAGCCAGUCGCUGCUCCUCUGCCCACAGUGGGAUGGGAAUCAGGGGGUGGGGGGGGAAAGUAAAACUUGUGGAUUGAGAUAAGAACGGUUUACUCACUAAAAUGAAAUAAGAUACGAUGAAAAGGAACGUAACAAAAAGAUAAAACCCAACCAAAAAAAAAACCCCAAACAAGUGCUGCCCAAUGAAGUUGCUCCCCACCACUGACCAGUGCCUGAGCAGCAAUCAGCCCCUCCUCACCAACUCCCCCCAGUUUCUGUACUGGGCAUGACAUCCUAUGCUAUGGGAUAGCCCUUUGGCUAGUUCAGGUCACUGUCCUGGCCACACUCCCUCCCAGCUUCUUGGGUACUUCCUCACUGAAACUGAAAAGUCCUUCACUUAGGAUAAGCAACAGCUGAAACAUCAGGGUGUUAUCAGCAUUAUUCUCACAUUAAACUCAAGGCACAGCCCUGUACCAGCUACUGGGGAGAAAAUUCACUCUGUCCCAACUGAAAUCAGGACAGCCACAUUGGCAUUCCCGUGACUGUGUUACAGGCAGGACUUCAGAAGUGGGGAUGAAGCAGGCUCCUGGUGGUCUCCUCUUGAACAAGGUUAGUCCUACUUACACCUAGGGUCACGCAGGCAGGAGUAGCAUUGGUUAGAUGCUGUUUUACUUUCUCCCAAAGACCAAGAUGAGAAACAUGCACAACUGCAAGUUGUUAUUGACAAAAUACCAUGCCAAGUUCAGGAGGAGAAGGCUGUUUACCUACUUCUUACCUCAAUGAUGUAUUCCUGAGUAUCUGCCACCACUGAAGAAAACUCUACCAAGACAGUGUGAGGAUCUUCAGAAAUGACUGUGGCAGCUAAGUUAUCAGCUGACUGGCUUUCCUCAGACAUUAUCACUUCUUCCACCUCUUUCAAAGCAAGGAGGCAGCCACCUGAAUGAUAUUCCAAAAACCACAGGAAAACAUUAGUUUUCAUAACCAGCUCAAAUAUGAGCACCUGAAAAAACACUACACAGAACCAAUGAGACCUUUUUAACAGGAUGCCGCUGACAAGCGAAUUGCAGUCAGACCACAGUCGCCCCACCAUGACAGGCCAAGAAAUGGCCUAGAAAAGGCCUACGUGACAGCAGCCAACAGAACUGAGCCUUGAGCAGAGCAACUGUCCAGUGCCAUGUCAAAACACACACAACUAAAUUCAGAUGUGUGAAACCACACAGGAUUUCACAAGCCAUAUGUAAAGAACUUGCAGGAAGACUUCUGGUAUGUUUCUAAGUCACACAUCUUUUCUGCUUAUGCAUUGAAUUUCAGUAUCUACCUAGGAAAGUUUUUUCUCUCCAAUUAACUUGUAUUGUCCUUUACAACCUCAAUACAUCAGCAUCACUACCUGAAGCUGGGCUUGGGAGCUAAAGAAGCAGCAGGUCCAGUGCAGCUGAUCUGAUUAAACAAGAUAAUGUGUGAAAACUGAACUCUGCUUGAGACAUUUUCCUCACAGAACAUCCACCCUUACUCAGCGCUUAUACAGCAUUUCAUAAAACCCUCAAAUCGGUACAAAGUUAAUGCCCAAAACCCUCCAAUCUGUAGUCCUCUUCCUCAACACAGAAAUCAAGCUCUCUCUGGCAUUCCUUUGCAGAAAUGUUCAUUUUCUCCCUCUCUGUUUCUCCCUCUCCCUCUUGGAGCACAACCACUCCACAGUUCAGCAUGACUCUGGAACAGGGGCCACAUUCCCCACCUAGGGCAGUGGUGACACUUCAGAGACCACUUGAGCCAGAGUUUGGAGCGGAGAGCCCACAACACUCCUGUGGUUAGAUUCUCAAUGCAAAUUGUGGUUUGGUUAUCUUUAUUUAGAUGUCCUAGAUUUUAUAUUAGAACUGGUUUAUGGCUGUUUGUUUCACAUCAUUUUUGGUCAGAAAGAUCACAAUAGAAAUAUUCACUUAUAUAGGUGAAGAAAUAGACACCACGUCUCCUUCAGAUGCAGGUGAACAAAUGACCUUGGGUGAAGGUCAUUAGAUCCACUGUGAAAAAGCAUUACCAUUCAGCCAUAAAGCAGCUUCUCCAAACCCAGUCGUGGCAGAGCACACCCCCUGCGACUCAGCUGGGCUCUGCCAGCUCACCUUUGGUUUUUAAGUGCCUGUUGAGAGUGCCAUGCUCUGCAAAC